GCAGGCGCUCUCCUCCCCGGCUGUACUGUCGAGUCCACGCGGAGGCGGUGCAGGCGUCGUCGGGACGGCGUGCUAAUGCGCAGGCGCGGGGCUGAAGCUUCGGCCCCUCGGGGAGCUUGGAGAUGGCGGCUGCCGGGGACGCUUCGCGGGAGCCGGCGGCCUCGGAACCGCCGGCGGAGCUGCCUGCCUCGGUGCGGGCGAGCAUCGAGCGGAAGCGGCAGCGGGCGCUGAUGCUGCGCCAGGCCCGGCUGGCGGCCCGGCCCUAUCCGGCGACAGCGGCGGCGGCUACCGGAGGUGUGGCUAAUGUAAAAGCAGCCCCAAGGAUCAUUGACACAGGAGGAGGCUUCAUUCUGGAAGAGGAAGAAGAAGAACAAGGUACAACUGGAAAAGUUGUCCAUCAGCCAGGACCUGUUAUGGAAUUUGAUUAUGCAAUCUGUGAAGAGUGUGGUAAAGAAUUUAUGGAUUCUUACCUUAUGACCCACUUUGAUCUGGCAACUUGUGAUAACUGCAGAGAUGCUGAUGAUAAACAUAAGCUCAUAACAAAAACAGAAGCCAAACAAGAGUACCUUCUGAAAGACUGUGAUUUAGAGAAAAGAGAGCCGGCUCUUAAAUGUAUUGUGAAGAAGAAUCCUCAUCAUUCACAAUGGGGUGAUAUGAAACUCUACUUAAAAUUACAGAUUGUGAAGAGGUCUCUUGAAGUUUGGGGUAGUCAGGAAGCAUUAGAGGAAGCAAAGGAAGCUCGACAGGAAAACCGAGAGAAAAUGAAACAGAAGAAGUUUGAUAAGAAAGUAAAAGAAUUACGGCGAGCGAUAAGAAGCAGCGUGUGGAAAAGGGAGACAGUUGCUCAUCAGCAUGAGUAUGGACCAGAGGAAAACCUAGAGGAGGACGUGUAUCGGAAGACUUGUACUGUGUGUGGCCAUGAGCUGACCUAUGAGAAGAUGUGACUUAAGUUAUUCACAGAUGAAUGGGACACUCGUGUAAAUAACGCUUCUGGAAGAAAUAUAUAUGUUACAGCUUCAGUUUCCGGUCUGGUUGUGGGCAGAUACUGGGUCUGUGAUUGCUUUUCUCUAUAGUAGUUAAAGCCAAGGGGGUGGAAUAGGUUCAAAAGUAAGCUUCGAGCUAAAGUUGAGAAAUACACCGAACCAAACCCUAGAUUGGAAUAGGAGGAGGAACUUUUGGUAAAGACAACUGAAGUGAAUUUUUCUAGGAAACAACAGGGACAGUAGUAGAUCCUGGCCCCAGAGGCUAGCCAGGUCUUCUAGACCCUGUCUCCACAUGAGGGAGUAGGGAGCUGUUGUUGGACAAGGCCUGACAGCAGGAAUUGAGUCAUGGCAGUCUGAUCAUGUUUUUGGUAUCCUUAUGGCUUAUUACCAUAGGCCCUAACAUCCUUGUUGAGGUAGCCCUUUUCAAAUCUGGAUUAAAAUGGAAAAACAGCCAUAUUGUCUUCUUGAUCAGAAAAGGUACUAAGUGUAUCCUAACUUGCUAACAUUUUACAGAGCACUUACUGGACCAGGCGGGUGUGAUGUGAAAUGGCUUACAGGGAUUCUCAUUUAAUCCUGGGAGGGAAGAUAAUUUGUUUAUUUCACACUUCUAAAGGAAGUGAUACUACAACCUGACAUCGCCCCAGACAUCUGGAACAAGAUUAGUCACUUUUGCCUGUCUUGUCAAAAGAUCAUAAGGUAGUUACAGCUAGUAAGAGGAUUUGUGCUUGAUUAUAGGAUCUAUGCAAGAUAGACAGAUAGAUAUACACACACACAAAACCUGUUCAAGUUAAAUUGGAUAUUAUCAAGUUGUUCUUUGACUUGGCUUUUUUAGUCCUGUUGCUACAAAUAGAAAAAAUAGGAAGUUUAUAUGUUUAUAUGUAAAGGAAGGUGUAUCAUCUUCCUUUCUAGAUCAGCUCUCCUGGAGAGGAUGCUUGAAGAAAGGCAAAUCUAAACUAGUCCAACUCAAAUAGAAUUUUGAGACUGUAAUUACUAAUCAUUCUCUAAGAAUUCAACAUAGAAAUAUUUACUAUAUUAGUCCAGUGUUGAGAUAUAUAUAUAUAUAUAUAUAUAUAUAUAUUUAAAUGUGCCAUGCUAAUUACUGACUGGUUCAGAAUGGGCAGCAAGAUGCUCCUGGGUACCACAAAAAAGCUUCCAGCUUGAUGUUAACAGAGUAAUGAGGGGGUCUAGGCAGCUGUAUUAACUGCAUGGGCAAUAAAAAGCCUUGAAUCCCAGGAACUUAGGUUCAAAUUCCUCUUUUAUAGCUGUGGGCAUUGGGUACGUUGCUUCAUGGGAGUAUUCUGAUCUGCUGGAUGGGCACAAUCAUCUCGCAGAGAAUGGUUGUGAGGAUUAAAGAUGGCCAAUCUGUGGCAUGUGGCACUUGAACACGUAAUCUCAUCAGGACAGCACAGUUCUAGAUUUGUCUGGUUUCCCGUAUGCUUCUGUGCACGCUUUCAUCACUUGAAGAGGAUCCCAGUAUCCAGAGAAUACUGACCACAGAAUGUAUUCUACCCAGGUUGGCAAGUUUUUUCCUCAUUUCUCAUUUUUAGGUAUAAUUACAGAUUAGUAAAUUAUAUAACAAACUAUUAAAUACUUUCCAGGAAGAGCAAGCAAACUUACUUUCAUAUGAACCACUGCCUGCAUUAUUCCUGGAAGGGAGAUUGAGAAUCAAGGAAAACAAAGCAUAUGUUUGUUGACUCUGACAAAGGAAAUGUUAAAUGGCAUUGAUAGAGUAUUCAACAGAAUAUUGAUUUCUUUGCGAGGUAUGGUAGUGAGCUGCCAUUCUUUUGUCUGUAUGAGCUGCUUGAGUGGGGAAAGCAGCUGCUGAAUGUUUUUGCUCUUUCCCUUUUUUUUGAAAUUCAACUUCCAGUUUUUUCCAUAAACUUAGCUACCAAACUGUACAAGAGCAGGGUCCCAUCAGUGAAUUCCUGUGAGAAGCAAUAUUACACGUGAAGAGAGGAUGCAAGAGAAAAAUUCCUCUAGACUUGGGAUCCAGCAGGUAUACCAGCCAAACUGCAGGUACGCUGAGCUAGGGAAGGCUACAGGACAGUGUAGGGUCAGUUUCCAGAGCCAUAAAUGGUUAUUGUUUUGGCCUCUUGAGGACAAGAGCCAUGUCUGACUUGUGGGAAGGAGGAACAGCAUAACCAAAGAAUAUUUAGACAAGAACCUGGGUUUUGGUCCCUUUCCUGCUGGUAACUUAACAUUCUUUGUUUAAAUGGUUGGUAUUUAAAAAUCCUAGGAAUUCUUCUCUCUUGAGUAGAAUCUCUUCUCUCUUUAGCUACUAAAUGUGGGGUAAACCAAAGAAACUGGAUAAUAGGAAAAAUGCUAAUGCAUGCCUCUGAAAUUUACGAUGCAGUAAGUUAACAAUACCUGUGUUGCACAGAUGCCCAGGAAUACUACUUACCAGUUGUGGGGUUGUUGAUAAAUUUUUAAGUUUAGUAAAGUCUUAAAAUGCUAGCGAUUUGCAAUGUCAGGGAAUCCCUUAGACGUGAUUAUUUCAUGUGUGUGCUUAUCUGAGCUAAGCUUUAAUACCCUAUGGGAAACAGGCUCAUGAAUUAGUAAUUACUUGGACCAAGUUCUUUAGAAACAAAGUCCAAACCUA